AUGUCUAAUGGUUUCGUUACCCUUUUAAUUGGGGAGUCAUAUUUACCUGGAAUAUUAACAUUAGGUUUAAAAUUAAAACAAUUGGAGACUAAACAUAAAUUAUUAAUUUUAUUAGACACAAACUCAAUUUCCCCAGAGUCGAAACAAUUGAUUGAAGAUAUUUACGAUGAAAUUAUACCAAUUGCAAAAAUAAAUGCACCUUUAGAACAACUUAAAGAUAAAUUAGGUAGAGAAGAAUUAUCAAUUACAUAUUCAAAAUUAUUACUUUGGGAUUUAGACUAUGAAAAUUUAGUAUAUUUAGAUGCUGACGUUUUGCCAUUGGCCAAUAUUGAUGAAUUAUUUAAAAUUGAAGUAGGUGUUGAUGAAAUUGCUGCUUCUCCAGACUCAGGCUGGCCUGAUAUAUUCAAUUCUGGAGUAAUUAAAUUAAAACCUAAUAAAGAGACAUUUUCCAAAUUAAUUGAAUUUUCUAAAUCUCAUGAAUCUUUUGAUGGUGGUGAUCAAGGUUUAUUAAAUGACUUUUUCCCCGAUUGGAUAAGAUUAAAAUAUUUGUUUAAUGUUACUCCUAAUUAUCGUAAUGAUUAUCAAUUUUUACCUGCUUUCCAUAGAUUUUUCAACGAUAUUAAGAUUUUACACUUUAUUGGAAAUGUUAAACCUUGGCAUUACAACAGUAUUUUAAGUUCCGAUUUGGCUAAUUUUCAUAAUUAUUGGUGGAAUGACUUUAACAAGUUUUUCAAUCAUGAUGAAAAAUUGAAAUAUAAACUUUUAAAUGUUAAAGGUGAGGCAAUAAAUUUGAAAUUUGAAAAAGUAGAUAAUGUAUGGGAUAAAAAGAAUGAAGUUGGAGAAGAGAAAGGUGAUGAAGAUGUUGAAGUACCUCAUAUUUUCCCCUGGGAAGGAAAAUCAGAAGCAACAAGAGUAUUUCAUGAUUAUCAUAAUGAAGAACCUGAAGUUGAUAAAAAGUUAAAUAAGAGUAUUGAAGAGUUGAAAACUACAAAGAUUUCUUCUCCAUCUGAUAAAUCAAAUUUAUUACAACGUAAUUAUGGAUUUGAUAAUAAAGAUAAUGACUUUGAUCCUGAUAAAGCAUUAGAUGAAGUUUCAAAAUUACCUUUUAAAUUUUUUGAAAGAUCAAAACAUUAG